AUUUGUUCCUCCACCAACCAAUACAACUAUAUGAUGGUCUUGAACUCUAUCAUUCACCAAUGAUUCUAUUUAUGUAUUGAGGUGCUAUCAUGGCACCCAUCAGCCAAGAUGACAAGGGAAGUCUGCCGGCGUUCCCAAUGCAGGACUUACCAUAUGAAUUGCAAGAGGCAAUUCUUCGGAUAGCGUUUCAAGAUCCGAGCGUUUCACGACUUUCAUUACUGACGACAUGUAAGCUCUGGAAGAAUAUCAUAGUAACGGCACUUUAUUCCGAUAUCGAACUUUGCUCGAUACGACAAUGCUUAGGAUUCUUGGAUGAUAGAUCAAGUGCGAAGAAACAUGCUCCUUUGCAUACACGCAAUCUCACCUUUACGCUGAUCGGAGUUCCGGGUGGAUCGACAAGAGGUGGCAGAGAGAGUGCACCUAGUUCUCCAAAUCUUGGUUCAAAGAAGAUCGAUGAGAGGUUACGUGGAAAUAAUCGAUUAUUGUUGGCAUCUCGAGCUGUUCUUCUUUGUCCAUUGGUGGAGCAAUGUACUUUUGAAAUGUUUGGAGUCCGGCAUUCAUCUUUACUCACUUCUUCCGAGUACUUAGAUGAAGAAGCAAACACGUUUAGAUCAGCAUUGGCGAAUCUCAAGCAUCUGAAGUCAUUCGCAUGGAUCACACCGAGAGUCAAUCAUAACUUUGUUGGAUUCAGUGUCGCAGUUGUGGAUUUGGCAAUUUCCCCAAUGGUAGAAGGUUUACAAGCAGCUGCUACCGAUAUUGAUGAUGCUGGCAGGCGAAUCACGCUGGAGAAAGGAAGCUUAGACAGAUUUUCACACCCUCUUCAACGAAUCACACUACAUCAUUGCAUCUUUCCUACUACAGCUUAUCCUAACGAAUCUCUCUUUCUUCUCUUUGCACAAUCGCAUCCCGAUGAUGAGGAUUGGUUAUUGUUUCCACAACUUCAAGAAAUUGUCAUUCGAACGGCAACUAACGUGGAUCCAAAAGCAGUAGCAUUUUUGGCAUUAACCUGGCAGUUACGAUUAGAUUCUUCUAUGAUCGAAUCCCAUACACAGGUCGUUUUGCAUCAACUUCAACACAAAAAAGCAGCGAAAGAUCCAAAGAUAGUCUUAUCGGAUACAUUCGAGAAUAGUAUUUGGGGGCCUCGUGUGACGAAAGAUCUGAUCGACUUGCAUUUAAAGGCUUUUGUGAUGGACGUACAGGAACCCAAUAGUCCAGAGCAGCCUUCUGCAAACCCACUCAUUCGAGCUCUAGAAGAGAGUGCCAAUACACAAUCUACUUUAAGCAAAAAAUGGAAGACAAGGCUACGAAAGCUGCAGGAAUGGCAAAGGAAGGAAAUCCUUCACCGAGCUCGUGAAAGAGUGGUCAUUUCGAGUGUUGCCGAUGCGAUUGCUGGAGCUGGAUCUCGAUCUCAACAAUAGAUGGACUUCAGAAAUAGACGCAAGACAGGUACGAUUUUUAAAUCUCUAUUUCCAUUGUAUUUCUAUUAAUCUAAUCAUGCUUUACGUUCUUGUUCAGUUGCUUCUUGAACGAUUCCGCUUGCUCCUUCUGCGAUCUUUUCUCUUCGUACUUUGAAUCCUUUCUCUGCUAAAGCACUUUUCACUUCCUCUAUUCCCACCUCUUUUCUGUGAAAAAUUCCGGCAGCCAGUGCUGCUUCAACAGACGAUGGCUCGGCUCUUUGUGCGAGUGGCUUAGCAGCAAAAACUUCUUCAAAAUGUUGAGCUGAUCCAGCUCCUGAACUUGCAACGACCGGAAUAGAAAC